CGAACGUGUAUCUAUAAAAGACCGACGCCUGUUUUCGUACUGCCGAUCUGCCGACGCCAUUUAAGAUGUCUGGUUUACUGUUUGUACUCUGCUCAUUGUAUUUUCUUCCCCCAAUAUUAGCAGCUGAAGAUGUAGUGAGCGUCGACUGGCUCGAUAAGAAUAAAGACUCUGUCAAACUGCUCGACGCAACGUACCAACCAACAUUUCCCAACUACAAAGAGUUCAAGGAAAAGUACUAUGGAAGGUUUGAAGAGUUGAUGCACUUCAAGCAAGCUGUAAGCAUGGAAGAAGCAGCACGUUUGCUCUUUGACUAUUUUGAAACAGCUGUCCAGUAA